AUGAAGUCCACACCAACAACGCCCUCCUGUAUCGUCACGCCAAAAGGUAUACCACCAUCCAAGGUUAAUCGACAUGACAUUGCGGACUCGCGCGAUUUCGCUCAAUUGGUGGAGGCGGCCUUACGAGAUGUUCGUCGAAAGUUGAAGCAAAACAAGGAUGCCUUAGAGGGGUGGGAAAAAUUCGAGCGUCUGGUCUUGAACUCAUGCCGAGCGGAUGACAAGAAAUCUGCGCCCGCUGGCAGCUUUUUAAAUAUGAAAGCUUCUCUGCAAAGGGUAUACUUUCAGGGCGGUGCUCAAGGUCUCCGAGAGGAAUUGGAGUAUUUGCUGCACGCGGAAAACCUCACACGCAAGUACUCUUUACCACUUUUGGAGGCCCAGCAACACGUCACCGACCUUCGAUACCCAGCCGAGUGGUACCCGAGCGCACGAUCGAUUCAACGAACUAUCCAUCUUCAUGUCGGGCCGACCAAUUCCGGAAAGACUUAUCACGCUUUGCAACGGCUACGAAACAGCAAAAAUGGGUUCUAUGCGGGCCCGCUGAGGCUACUUGCGCAAGAGGUAUACCACAGAUUCAAGGCAGAGGGUAUUCCAACCAGUCUGGUGACAGGUGAUGAUGUCAAGGUUCCAGAGAAUGGCGAAGUACCGCGUAUCACGAGCAACACUGUGGAAAUGGUCAGCCUCGGGCAGGAAUACGACGUAGGAGUCAUUGAUGAGAUCCAGAUGAUCUCAGACUCCUCCCGAGGAUGGGCUUGGACUCAAGCGUUUCUAGGAUGCCAGGCCAAAGAGCUGCACCUUUGCGGUGAAACCCGUACUGUCCCAUUGAUCCGAGAGCUAUGCGCGCUCACAGGGGAUGUUUUGGAAGUCCAUCGCUAUGAGCGACUCAACGGACUAGAAGUCAUGCCGCAUAGCUUGAAGGGCAAUCUCUCGAAACUUGAAAAGGGUGAUUGUGUCGUGGUCUUCUCCCGAAAGGGUAUUCACGCUCUGAAGGCAGACAUCGAGAAGACGACUGGAAGACGUGUAGCCAUUGUUUAUGGUGGCUUACCUGCAGAAAUCCGAACCCACCAAGCGAAUCUUUUCAACGACCCAGACAAUGAGUACGACUUCUUAGUUGCCAGUGAUGCCAUCGGAAUGGGUCUGAAUUUUUGCAAGCGUGUCAUCUUUGACACCUUGGUGAAACGCUCUCAGUUCGGACUGCAGCGUCUCACUGUACCGGAAAUUAAGCAGAUUGGAGGACGCGCUGGCCGAUACCGCCCGGCCAAUGUACAGGCAAAGGAAGGCGAAACAGCAGAGCCCAACGUCGGCCUUGUCACCUGUCUUGAAGAAGUUGAUAUACCGUUCAUCCAGCAAGCCAUGAAAAUGGAGCCCCCACCUCUUACCUCUGCGGGUAUCCUGCCCCCCGAUAACGUUUUCCGGAAGUUUGCUUCGUACUUCCCACCGGGUGUACCUUUUGAGUAUCUAAUCAAACGCGCUUUGGAGGUCGCCCAGGUCAGCCCGUUGUUUUUCCUUUGCGACGCUAAAGGUCAAUUGGAAAACGCAGAGAUGGUCGAUAGCGAGCGAGGUCUGCCGAUCGAGGAUCAAUUGAAGUUCAUGGUUUCACCCAUGGAUGCAAGGACCUAUUCUGGGCGUGAUGUCUCCGCUGCAUUGGCCGACUGUGUGGCUAAACACACCGACGGGCUUCUUUUGAAUAUUCCGCACCUGAACCUGGAGAUCCUCCAGGAGCCUGUAUCUGGAAGUAAUGAUUACAUGCGUGAUCUGGAAAGUCUGCACAAAGCUGUUAUUCUGUACCUGUGGCUCAGCUUCCGAUUUGGUGGUGUUUUCACAGACCGAACACUUGCGAGUCAUGUCAAGGAGCUUGUCGAAGAGAGAAUGGUACGGGCUUUGACCGAGUUCUCUGCUAACAAGAGAUUGCGCAAGGGCUCUUCUCUCAGACGCCAGAUCGCCCUCCAGAAACAAUUGCUCGAACAGCAACGCAUGGGUGUUGCCCCGGAUGAUUGGAGUUCCCAAGCCACAGAAACACCCCAAGCCGAACUGCCUGAAGAAGAGGCUUCAAAUGAAGAACCACCGGCGCAAGCGUCCGUCGAGCCCGCUGGAUCUUCUGAGAACGAGCUGUCCAUUUUUGAAAGCUCUGACGCGCAGAACUCAACUACAACUGAGCCCUCGGGCGAAAAAGCAAAAUCGUCUGAGCUUGAAAACUCGUGGUACUAUUCAGAGACUGACAAGAAAGAGUAA